GGUUCGUUUGAGGUUUGCCUACGGACUGCACGUGAAAAAACCCAAAAAUGUCUGAUACUGAAGUAGAUGUGACUCCAUCCUCGGACCCCGUCAUUGGGGGCCCUAUGGACAUCAAUACAGCUCUCCAGGAGGUGCUGAAGAAAUCCCUGAUUGCCGAUGGACUUGUUCAUGGUAUCCACCAGGCCUGCAAAUCUCUGGACAAGCGUCAGGCAGUUCUGUGCAUCCUGGCUGAGAGUUGCGAUGAGCCGCAGUACAAGAAACUGGUCACGGCUCUUUGCCACGAACAUCAGAUCCCCCUGAUCCGUGUGGAUUCCAAUAAGAAGCUCGGUGAGUGGUCAGGAUUGUGUAAGAUUGACAAGGAGGGCAAACCCCGAAAGGUUUGCGGCUGCUCUGUGGUGGUCAUUAAGGAUUUCGGAGAGGAAACUCCAGCUCUGGAUGUCAUCAAGGAGCAUCUCAGGGCGCAAAGCUAAAGAAUUUUAUUUAAUAAAAAUUCUUCAAUACAAAAAUUA